AUGAAACCUGUGCCUAAAGUAGAAAAAGGUGUAGAACUGGAAUCGGUUAGUACUGAAACAUUCCACAAGCCUGCGGAAAAAGAAGUGAGAUUGAAUAAUAGAAAACUUUCGGUAGAAGAACCAGAAGCAGCAGCUGAAGAAGAACCACUAAAAGCUGAGAAGGAAAAGAGUAAAUCUUCAUCAAAGAGUUUUAAAAAUGAAUCCAUCAGUGAGUCUGGUAGUAGCAAGGACGAGGAAAAAGGCAAAGAUAGGAAUAGUGACAAGAGUCCCUAUUUUCUUGCGGGAAAGGAAAUGAGUUUGAAUAAAAGACAACUUUCUAAUGAAGAACCAGAAGCGACAGCUGAAGAAGAACUACUAAACGCUGGGGAGGAUAAGAGUAAAUCUUCGUCAAGGGAUUCUAAAAAUAGUUCCAGCAGUAAGUCUGGUAGUAGCAAGGACAAGGAAAAAAGCAAAGAUCGGAAUAGGGACAGGAGUACCUAUUUUCCUGCGGAAAAGAAAAUGAGUUUGAAAAAUAGACAAAUUUCUAAAGAAGAACCAGAAGCUACAGCUAAAAAAGAACCACUAAAAGUUGAGGAGAAACACAGGAACCUUUCAUCAAGGAACUCCAAGUCAAGAAAUAGUGCUGACAAGAAAGAAAGCAGAAAGAGGAAUAAGAACGAAAGUCAGGACGAAGGGAUAGAUACAGAAAAGGACAGAAACAGAGAAAAAUAUAGGGAAUCUAAGAGCAGUUCUUCCAGUAAACACCGAAGCAGUAGUUCAGUAGAUGAGAAAGGAAGAAAUGGUAAGGAUAUGCGCAAAUCCAAUGCCAGUAUAAAGUCCAGCAGUAGCUCUAGCAAAGAGAAGAGUGAAAAUCUUUCAUUGCAGCUACGGACGGCUCCUAUAAAACGCCCGUCCCCCUCAGGGGACAACGACUCAAUCGAACCGCCAGGAAAGAAAUUGAAGAUGGACAAUAUCGACAAUCCUGAAAGGCUUCCACCUAAAUUAUCUGCGGUCUUUUUGCGAGAGAGCAGCCUGUUUAUGGAUACCAUUAUAGCGGCUGCAACCAAGGCACAAAAGAAGAAGAGACAACGGACACCCACUGUGACCAAAGACGGUAGUUCGACAUCCUCCUCUAAGCCUACGUGGGCGAAUACAUCACUUCUUGGCUACGAAAACAUCGCACCUUCAGCAAUUCCUGCCGAUGAAUCUCCGGAGAAAGCAGGAUUGGACACCAAAAAGAUCGGUGGUGAACUCAAAGGAAUUUUACUCAACGCGAAGAAAAAGGGACCCAAGCGAUCCAUUUCCUGGAAGAAUGAAGCAAAUACAUCACUUCUUGGCUCCGAAAACAUCGCACCUUCAGCAUUUUCUGCCGAAGAAUCUCCGGAGAAAGCAGAAUUGGACACCAAAAAGAUCGGUAGUAAGCUGAAAGGUAUUUUGCUCAACGGGAGGAAGAAGGGACCCAAGCGAUCCAUUUCCUGGAAGAAUGAAUCCGACCUGGUGGAGAUCCGCUACUUCGAAAAGAGCCCCAAGGAGCCCAACAUUAUGAGCCCAUGCCCUAAACAUCCCACCAUUUCUAACAUGACACCGUCCAACAACCGCAUUAACCCAAUUAUGUUCCAGCAAAACUCGAUAAGCGAAGGAUCCGGUCAGCUCUCCGGCAAGCUCUGCGGCGUAGAUAUCAUGAAGGCGCAAAUCAUGUGGAGGGUCCCCACCAUCAUAGAGCAGAAUGAUCCUCUUGUCGAACCGGGCAAUGAAAGUUUGAAGAAAGAUAUCCAGUUGGCCAGGGAGAAGAGUGUCCUUCAGACUGUCUAUUUCAAAAAAAGUGAGAUUCCAGAGGAACCAGAGGAACCCAUUCAGGAGAGCCGUGUCUUGAGCGACCCGGUGCACAUUCCUCUGGAGGAUCCCGAGAGCCGGGUGUUAGAUUUUAGUUCGAGCCCUUGGCCCGAACCGAAGGGAAUGGCACCUGAACCUGUGAUGCAGCCGGUGUUGAUGAGCAUCCAGGUUCCAUUCAACCCCCAAUUCAAUAGUAGGCCGCCUCCCCCUUUUCAAGGCACGUCCCCUAGGUUCGUUGGUCCAGGCGGGCCGAUGGGACCAGGAAUUCCCUACAAUUUCGUUCCUCCACAUGUGAUGCCUGGUGGCAAUAUGAUGGGACCGGGCCCCAACCGUCCCAACGUGGGACCGCCCAACGACAUGAUGAUGAAGAACCAAAUGCACCCAAAUGUGUUCCCGCAAGGUGCGAUGUUUCCUCACAGACCCAAUCACAGGAGAGGUGGUUUACGAGGGGGUAACGGAAACAACGGUGGCAACUGGGUGAGGGUGAACAACACCAGAGGCAACUGGAGGAGAGGUGGUGGUGGUGGCUACCACAGGGGUGGAAGGUUGUGUAAAAACGUACAGAAUCACGGAUACUGUCGGAACAGGCAUAAUUGUCGGUUCGUACAUCCGUGA